AUGUCGGUUUCACCCAUCUUAACGUUCAAGGCCGGGAUCUGUGAGGUUGAUACGAGCACCGACCCUCAACGAGUUACACCUCUCCCAACUCCCGGAUACCUCUACCUCUACGCAGACGCGGAUGAACUCCUCCACUUGUGUUGGCGACCGAGGUCUGCUCCGUUGGAUCAACCGCAACUGGACUUGCUCAUGGUGCCACUGGAUGGGUCGUUCACCCCCUACUUGCCUACCAGCGCGGAAAAUCCUUCCAACCCAAAGAGCCCCGCAGGCGGGAGAAUCUACGUCCUCAAAUUCACCUCCAGCUCGCAGAGACACUUCUUCUGGCUCCAGUCGCGCAGCCAGCACCCGCAAGGCGAUCCAAAAUGGUGGUCCGCUCGAGACCUGAAGCUAGGCCAGAUCGUGAACAAUCUCCUUCAGGGCGAAGAGGUCGAUGUCGACGAACAAAUGGCGAAUUUGCCUCCAGAUGACGACGGGGGCGAGCCAAUGGAGGAUGUGGAAGGGACCAAUCACAACCCCAAUCGUCGCCCGUCGCAAGGCGGUCCCGGAGCUGGCCCAGACGCCACAGGCGGGGAUUUUCGAGAGGAGGGCGAAGAGUCACGCGAGGGCGGAGCGGACGGCGGACGAGCGGCGGCUGCUGGUGGGGCAGAAGCCAACGCCUUGGUUCGGGGUUUUCUUCAAGCCAUGGAACAAGAACGAGAAUACAGACGCCGGCUACAACAAGCUCCUGAGGAUGACCUGUUCGCGAGCCUUGGAGACUUGCUGGCCCCUUCGGUGACGGUGCCAGUAGUCGAAAAGGCCGACGACAGGGUGUUGGACCGUCUACUUGCACGUCUCCCUCCUCUGCUGUCGGACAUGGUGCAGGCCUCGGUUGACACGUCCGCCUUGCAAAAUCCAAACGCAACUCCCGAGGAACAGGAUGCGGCGAAGCAGGCAUUGACCAAAGCUAAAAAGGCGAUGUUGCGCAGAGUGUUACACUCGCCGCAAUUUAUGCAAAGCAUGGCCAGUCUGACCAUCGCACUGAGAGAAGGCGGUCUGCCGAUCGUGAGCGAGACUCUCAAAAUCCCGGUUCGAAAUGGUGGCUAUCUGAGGCAUGGCGGAGUACCCAUGGGUUCGGGCGAGGCAAUGGAGGCUUUCCUAGAGGGCGUAAAAAAGGACAUCGAGGACAGAAUGGCAAGAGGCGACGAUGAUAUGGCAGGCGACCUGAUGGAUGACUCCUGA